AUGGCGGAGCCCAAAAUCUCCAAGCGCGCCGCCGAAAAGGCGGCCAAAAAGGCAGCUGCAAAGGCGGCCAAGGAAAAGCACAAGGAAGCCGCUCCUGCCAAACAACAGCAAGCCGCAAGCACGCCCGCUGCUCCCGCCGACCCCAAUGCCAACUUCAAGCAAGGCUGGCUAAAGGGUGUGUACAAUGAGAAGCCCGUCCCAGACGUCCAGACCCGUUUCCCUCCCGAGCCCAAUGGCUACCUGCACAUUGGUCACGCAAAGGCCAUUACCGUCAACUUUGGUUUCGCCAGAGCCUAUGGCGGCAAGUGCAACCUCCGCUUCGACGACACCAACCCUGCCAAGGAGGAGGAACGCUACUUCACCAGCAUCAAGGACAUGGUCAGCUGGCUUGGUUUCGAGCCCGCCAACAUCACCUACAGCAGCGACAACUUUGACGAGCUGUACCGCCUGGCCGAAGAGCUCAUCAACCGCAACAAGGCCUAUGUAUGCUAUUGUACUGCCGAAGAGGUCCAAAAGGGAAGAGGAGGUUCCGACCAUGGCCCACGCUCCGUCUGUAGCCACUGGAGCAGACCUGUCGCCGAGUCUCUGGAAGAGUUCCGUGCCAUGAGGGACGGCAAGUACAAGGCUGGCCAGGCUCUUUUGCGCAUGAAGCAGUAUCUUGGUACCAAGCCAGAGGAAUAUGCUGUCACCGAUGAAGACUCGUCCGAGACGAAGAAGGAAAAGGCCAAGCUAAAGACACUGGCCGAGAACCCUUCCAUGUGGGAUGUCGCCGCCUACAGAGUCAAGGACCAAAACUACCAUCACCGUACCGGCCACAAGUGGAGAAUCUACCCCACCUACGAAUUCACCCACUGUCUGUGCGAUAGCUUUGAGGGCAUCACCCACUCCUUGUGCACCGUUGAAUUCGAGACUCUUCGCCCUGCCUACAAUUGGCUCCUAGAGGCCCUUAACCACAAGCUUCCCGCUUCCGAAGAAAAGGGUCCCAUGCAGCGCGAAUAUGGCAGACUCAAUGUCGAGGGCACCAUCCUCUCCAAGCGUAGAAUUCAAAUGCUGGUUGAGGGUGUCAAUGCCGGUGGCCAGCAGCCUUCUGAAGAAGAGGAGCUUGCUGGAGCUGCUGAUGAGCUUCGAAUCGCGGAGACUGGCGAAGAAGAAGUUGGCGCCGAGACUGCCGUGUCCAAGCCUGUCGCAGGCACUCAGACUAUUCCUCCUGUUGUCCGUGGCUGGGAUGAUCCCCGACUCUUUACUCUUGUCGCUCUCCGUCGUCGUGGUGUUCCUCCUGGCGCCCUAAAGAAGUUUGUCCUGGACCUUGGUGUGACAAAGGCCAAUGCCGACACCAAGAUGCACAUGCUGGACGCCUCAGUUCGCACCUACCUAGAGCGUACUGUGCCACGUUUGAUUGUUGUUCUUGAUCCCAUCAAGGUUGUCAUUGACAAUCUUGCCGAAGACUACCUCGAGGAGCGUGAGGUGCCUUUUGACCCCAAGGAUAAGGAGAAGGGUAUGCACAAGCUUCCCUUCACCAAGACCAUCUAUAUUGAUCGCGAUGAUUUCCGCGAGGUCGACGACCCAGACUUCUUCCGUCUUGCCCCCGGCAAGUCUGUUGGUCUACUCUAUGCCGAGCACCCUCUCCGCUGCACAUCAUUCACAAAGGGCGAGGACGGCAAGGUUAAUGAGAUUCGUGCCGAAUAUGGUGCCGAAGUACCCGCAGGCAAGGCCCGCAUUCACUGGAUUGGUGAGUCGGCAGCUCACAAGUCGCCAAUCAAGGCCGAGGCUCGUAUCUUCAACUCCCUCUUCAAGAACCCUCGCCCCAACGAGCUCGACUGGAAGAAGGGCGGCUACUAUGAAAAUGUCAAUCCCGAUAGCGAGAUUGUGCACAAGCAUGCCAUGAUUGAGGCUGGCUUCUUUGACAUUCAACAGCGUGCACCCUGGCCCAAGGAGGAGGGCGAAGCCAAGGGCAACACUGGCCCCGAGGCUGUACGCUUCCAGGGUUUGCGCACCGCAUACUUCUGUGUCGACAAGGAUAGCUCGGCCGAAAACAUCAUUUUGAACCGCAUUGUCAGCUUGAAGGAGGACACUAGCAAGAGAUAA